AACUUUUGAAGUCACUCAAAUGGUCAAGUGAUUCACACUCCAGUUCAAAGUAAAGCUGCCGCUACAACAUUAACAAUGCCUACUCUGCGAAAGCGAAGUCGCAGAGAAAUUGUUGAGAAUCCUCCUCAAUCUGAAAUUGAAAUCCCGAUGAAAGAUCACAAAAACAAAAAGUCUGAAUACGAGCUCUCAAGAGAAGAAAGAAUCCGAGAAAAUCGUGAAAGAAUGGGAAAAUUGGGUCUUUUCGACAUUUCGCUCUCCCUCAAACCUAAUCCACCUUCACGUCCAACCGCAUCCAAGAAGCCCAAAUCCCCUGUUUCUCUCAAACCAUCUCGUCGAUCUACAAGAUUGCAGAAUGUUGCUCCGAUUCGUUACACUGAAGAAGCAAUUAACAAGAGAAUUUACUGGAAAAAGAAGGUGAAGAAAACUCCUUCCAAAUUAAUGCCAGACAGCUACACGUGGUUGAAAUACGAUCGUAAACAGAUCAAGGGCUCAAUAAGAGAUUAUUCCGAGUGUAGCACGGUGAAUUGCCCAGCGAAGAAAUACGAGGAUCGUGCACGAGAUGAUCCAACGGUGGUCAUCGUAACGUACAAUGGGGAGCACACACACCCAUAGUUUUUGAAGAGACAUGGGUGGCAUUGAGGGAAGAAUAGUUGAGAUGACACUUCAUUUUUAUUAUUUUUUGUUCAUUCUUGUACCAAAUGUUGUUUUAUCAUUAGCAUUUCUAUCUUCUUGUUGGAUAGAAUAGCACUUACAAGAAGACAAAGUCGAUGGAUAAAUUGAUUAUGUCUUCUAUUUAGCCAACAACAACAACAAAGUCGAUGGAUAUUUCACACCAAUAACAUGGUUAUAAAAAAUGUGAUAAGAAGUUAGAAGACA